AUGGGCCGACCAGCGCUGGACCAACUUCCUACUGAUCUCCUGAACGAGAUCACCUUGUUGAUCUUUCGGGGACCCGACAGACUCAAGAACUUGAUCAAAUUCUCGCAAACGUCGAAGCGCGUCCGCAGUCACUGCAUCCAGAUUUUGUUCAAAGACGUCGGUAUAUGUGGUCGUGGUUUGCCUUCACCGCCGCUACAGGAAUGCAUCGAGCUCCUGAACCGGGUUGUGAGCAAUCCGGACAUUGCUUCAGCGGUCCAACAUUUCAUCGCCAUUCCGUGGGAGGAUUACAAAUCGGGAAUCUCCCCUCGCACCUUGUUCCUUGGAGUCGACAUUCCGGCGUUCCUGUGCUCAAACGCACCCGAAACCGAGGCAGACCGAAAGCCGUUCGACUUGGAAGGCUACAUGAAAGGAACCGAAGCGGAGGUCACGCAGUCUCUGAUGGAGAUGAUCUUAGCCCACACCACGAACAUUCGCUCCAUAGACAGCUGCUCGUACAACUCACCCACUGCCUUCGACACCCUCCCGACAGCUUCCACUGCGUUGCACCGGCCUCUCCUGUUCCCCCAGCUCACCAAAAUCCUCCACGACGACGUCGUUUGGCAAAAGGUGCAGCAUUGGGCUGAGUGGGCGCCUCAUCUGGAGUCUCUCCGGCUUCGCAGGGUUUGUGGUCCUGUCAACAGAGCGCAGUUCGACAAUGUCAUAAGACUGCAUCUCGUAGACGCCACAUUUACUGGAAGUGAAAUCAAGGAGCUGAUGAGCGGCUUCCCGAACGUCACGAACUUCAGCUUCUCUUGGCCAUCCGAGAAGACCAAGCAACAGUGCCUUCCCCAAGACGUGGUUGAAGCUCUAGAACCAUUAUGCACAAAGCUGAGGCUCUUGAGGUUGCAUAUGGCGCAGGUGAGGAUCUCACAUGAUGAGGACUCAUCAAACGAGCUCUUCACCCAGCUCGGAGGUCUCGCCCUUGUGCUUCCGCUAGCAUCUGCUGCAGCAAUCACCCCGCUCGAGAAGAGGAUCACCUACGACGGGUUCAAGGCGUUCCGGAUCGCUACUCACAAUGAUCCCGCCUCGAUCAAGGCUAAGAUCGCCAACAUCGCUGCCAUCCCCUUUAACCUUGACAACAGCGAGCACUUGGACGUAGCCAUCCCUGCUGAGGACGUCUCAAAGUUCGAGAAACUUGGACUUGAGACUCAGAUCUUGCAUGAGGACCUUGGUGCCGAUAUCGCCGAGGAGGGCGUAUUCGCUCCUUACGAGAGUAAUGGCGAUGCCAUCAUUCAGGCUUUGCCUAGCCUGACGUGGUUCAACUCGUACCACUCCUUCGCGGAUCACCAGCAGUUCAUUCGUGACCUGCAGUCCAACUUCCCUUCCAACUCGGAGAUUAUCAAUGCUGGUAACUCUUAUGGUGGACGAUCCUUACUGGGUAUUCACCUCUGGGGCAGCGGUGGUAAGGGUUCCAAACCCGCCAUCUACUGGCACGGAACUGUUCACGCUCGCGAGUGGAUUACCACAAUGGUUGUUGAGUACCUGACGUACCAACUCAUUGAUGGUUACCAGAAGAACGAUGCGGCGGUGAAGGCCAUCCUCGACAAGUACGACUUCUACAUUCUGCCCAUCGUUAAUCCCGAUGGUUUUGCGUACAGUCAAACCAACGACCGUCUGUGGCGUAAGAACCGUCUGCCCAGAUCUGGAAGCACUUGCAUCGGCACUGACAUCAACAGAAACUGGCCUUUCAACUGGCAACUUCCCGGAGGUGCCUCCACAAGCCCUUGCUCCGAGACAUACAAGGGCCAGGCUGCCGGUGACACUCCCGAGAUGGUCGCUCUGAAGGCGUAUACCGACCGUCUCGCAGCUGGAAACGGCAUCAAGCUGUUCAUCGACUGGCACAGCUACGGCCAGUACAUUCUGUUGCCUUAUGGAUAUGACUGCAAUGCCCGCGCUGCCAACCAUGCCCGACAGAUGACUCUUGCCGGCAACACGGCCACCACAGUUGCGCAGGCGUAUGGUACGCGGUUUACGUACGGCCCGAGUUGCUCCACGCUGUAUGCCACAACUGGCAGUGCUCCUGACUACCUUACCGGUGCUGCUGGUGCCGAGGUUGCAUGGACGAUUGAGCUCAGGCCCUCGGGUAGUGCUGGCGGUGGUUUCGUUCUGCCUGCUGCGCAGAUUCUGCCCAGUGCUAUUGAGCAGUGGAACGGUAUGAAGUACCUGCUUGCUAAUGUCUGA